CUGUUCAACUCCCCCAAACCCGCGCGCCUGUGCGCCUCUUCCUCCGCCUGUAAACCAGUCCAGCUCUCCGCCUCUCUGACAGAUACAGGCUUGAUGACCCACGCUUAGUUAAGAUCGUUAAAACUAAGACCAAGUCACGCCGAACAAAAAAUAUAUUUAAUUUAAAGCCCAAAUAACAAACACAAAACACAAGGUAAAUACGGGCGCAGGAGCUGUGGAAAUAUUGCAGCCAAAUUAAGGUCCGUGUGUGGAAGUCUCUGUCUCUCUGCAAUGUUCUCCUGCCGCUCUCGCCUGCUUCUGCUGCUCAGUAUCUGCAGCCUGACUGCUCCCUCACUGGCUCUGCCCUUUGAGCAGAGAGGAUUCUGGGACUUUGCUUUGGAUGGAGAAGUGGGAGAUGGGACAACGGUGAUGAUGAGAGAUGAAGAGGGUUCAGCUGUAGAGGAGCUGCCACCAGAUGUGUUCUCAUGCCCCUUUGGUUGCCAUUGUCAGCUCAAUGUGGUGCAGUGCUCAGACCUAAGUUUGACUGCAGUGCCCAAGGAAAUUCCCAGAGACACCAAACUCCUGGACCUACAGAACAACCGCAUCACAGAACUGAAGGAGAAUGACUUCAAAGGACUCACAGACCUCUAUGCUCUGUCACUGGUCAACAACAAGAUCUCCAAUGUCCACCCGCGAGCCUUCGCACCCCUCCUACGCUUAAAAAAGCUUUAUUUUUCCCGUAACCUCCUGACAGUGAUGCCCAAGAACCUUCCCCCAUCCCUGAUGGAGCUGCGCAUUCAUGACAACCAUAUUAAGAAGGUUGCAGAAGGAACGUUCUCUGGUCUGGGCAGCAUGAACUGCAUUGAGAUGGGCGGAAACCCUAUUCAGAACAGCGGCUUUGAGCCUGGCGCUUUUAAAGGCCUGAAACUCAACUACCUGCGCAUCUCUGAGUCCAAACUCACUGGAAUACCAAAAGACCUUCCUGGCAGUCUUCAUGAGCUCCACUUGGACAAUAACCAGAUCCAAGCUAUCGAACUGGAGGACCUGAGCCGCUAUAAACACCUGUACAGAUUGGGCCUGGGUUUCAACCACAUCCGGAUGAUUGAGAACGGCAGCCUAUCAUAUGUACCUAAUCUCAGGGAGCUGCAUCUGGAAAACAACCGGCUGAACCGCAUCCCCAUGGGUCUGCCAGACAUGAAGUACCUGCAGGUGGUCUACCUUCAUUCCAACAACAUAAGUCGAGUGGAUGUUAAUGACUUCUGCCCUCGAGGUUUCGGCAUGAAGAGGAGCUUCUAUAAUGGCAUUAGCCUCUAUGGCAACCCGGUUAACUACUGGGAGGUGCAGCCCGCCACCUUUCGCUGCGUUGGUGACCGAUUGGCCAUUCAUUUCGGAAACUAUAAGAAAUAGAGAAUGGAUGAAAAGAGAGAUUUGUGGACAAAUACCAAUGCUGGAAUUGAAACAGAACAGAAAAACUCGGAGAGAGUGGGCCAAAAUGGUGUUAACAAACAAUGUUUGCAAAUCAUUCUUACUAUGUAUCUUUGGAUGUAUUUGUUAAUGAUGUCGAAAGUUCACACCAAUGAUGCCAACAAUAAUGAUAAAGAUAUCGUUUUAAAAAUUAAAUGAAAUUUAAAUAAUAAAAUUGAAAAAAAUAGUACAAUCCAAACCACAGCUGUAACGGAUUGAUGACAGUUAAUCAAAAUCAACAUUAUAAAGAGAUUAAGCGUUUAAAGGGGCAGACAACGAAACUGCAGAAUGCUUUUAAAGGAACACUCCACUUUAAAAAAAAAAAAAGGCACAUUUUUUAAACAGUUGAGUAGAGUGAUAUUACACAACACCUGAAAAUAAUCCCCAGCAACUCUGCAACUACAAAAACUAGCUGGGCACUAUUUUCAGGUGCUGUGUAAUAUCACUGUGCCUGCUGCACCAAUGUUAAGCCAGCAAAGUCCCUUGAUUAUUAUGCCGGAAUGAGAGUAUAGUUCCUAUCCAUAUCAGCCUAGAAAAAUUUUCAGUCGAUCUUAGUACACGAUGUAACUGGAGAAGAGAUAAGUUUUGAAUAGGAACAAUUCAGAAACUCUUUGGUCAUUUUUUUGGCGAGAUGCUAAUGGUUUUAUCAGAAUUAAUGAUCAAUGCUAAGCUAAGCUAAAAGUGCUACUGUAAGACCCGGAGAUCGGCUGAAUGGAUCCAAAAACAGUAAAACUCAACUGUUUAACUCACCCAGAGUUGGAAAAUGAGCAUAUUUUCAAAAAAAGUGUAGUGUUCCUUUAAUAAACAGAACAUUAUUGUCUGUCAGUGUGGAUGCUUAUAUAGUUAUUGUUAUCUUUAUAGUGAUCAUAUAGUUGAUAUGAACAGACCUGAAAGAGAAAAGAAGGGAGCAAUAAAAAUAAGUAAUAAAAAAUUCAAAAAUAAAUUUGUGGAAUUUGAUCUCUUACAAUUGGCUCUAUUUAUAAAACCAUAAUAAUGGUCAUCGUUUUGUAAGUGUUUUACAGUAAAUUCUUACCAUUAUCAGUUCACUUUUUAAGGGCUCUGUUUGCUUGACACUUUUAUAAUAGUAUUAUUGAUAUGUACUUUUAUAUUGUUAUUAUUUUAUAUUAGUUUAUGUUUUAUUAUUAAUAGUGAAGUUUGGAUUGGAUGUUGAAAAUGGGAAGGUUGAAUUUAGAUGUUAAAUUCAUGGUGCUUAUAAUAAGUGUAUCUGUGUUGUUUGUAAAAAUGUUUGCUUUCUUUUUUCACCUUUUUCGCCUUGCGUCCUUCAGGGGUCUUGUUGUUGUUUAGGGCAAUGGAGGAACCUUACACAGACACAGUAUAAUUAUGUUGUCGAGUUUCAGUAAGCCAAAUGCCUCAUGUUCUUACCCAGCACUUUUGGGAUUGAGGCUGAUUCAGAAAAGGAUUGUAAUGUUAUGUUGUUUUGCACAGUUUCUCUAUGAAUUCCAAAUCUCUUCUUUGUACCGUGUUGUUUUUCUCAUGUUUUCUUUGGCAGUGACUCUGCAUGCAUUUAGUCUACACUCUACUGCAUGUUUCAAUAAAAUAUCUUUCAGCUUGACUUCAGGAGCAGAAGUGACGUACCAUCAUGGUUUGAAAGCUGUGACUAAUACAACUUGAGUUAACACGAGUUUGAUGAGUUUAGUGAACAUUUCCAGUGCUCUUCUUGUUAAACAAGAAUGGGUCCUCCUUUCUCAAUAAAGCCAAAUAUUGAUUGAUUGCAUUA